AUGGGCUUGUUGGAGGUUUUAUGGGAGCAAACGUCUCUCAAGACAGUGAUCCCUAUUUUCUUUGGCGUCUAUGUCGUCUACGCAUGUGUUCAACGGCUAUAUGAGGAACACCGUGUAAAUCAACUCGGUCCAAGGGCUUUGAAGAUCUCCCACAAGCUGCCUUGGGCCCUUGACUUCAUCUACGCCGCCAUCCAAGCAACCAUACACCACAAAAAUCUUGAGAACUGGCAAGAGUUCUUCACAAAAGCCGGCGCCGGCAGCAGUGGUAACAGUGCUUACACAGUCGAGGUGCAUGCCCUCGUUAGACGAGUCGUCUUCACGGCGGAUCCUGAGAACAUCAAGGCUAUUCUGGCGACGCAGUUUGGGGAAUUCGGAAAGGGGGAACAGUUCCACGAGGAAUGGGAAGAAUUCUUGGGCGACAGUAUAUUUGCGACUGAUGGCCAGACAUGGCACACCAGCAGGCAACUGCUAAGGCCCCAGUUUAUCAAAGACAGGAUCAGUGACCUGCACUGUUUCGAGUCACAUCUCGAGACGCUUUUCAGGGCAAUGGCAAACGGAGGUGCACUUAAUGGGGAGGACCAGCAAGUCAACAUGGGUGCUGUUCACGGGCGCAAAAUGGACAUCAGUGACCUCUUCUUCAGGUACACUCUGGAUGUGGCGACAGACUUCCUCUUGGGCAAGGAUGUCAAGUCUCUCAGUAACCCGCGGGAAGAGUUCGCAGACGCCUUCAAUGAGGUUCAGCACGUCCAGAACAUCAUCACGCGCGCCGGCCCAGUCAUCGGCACUUUUAUUCCGAAGAAAAGGUUCCGGAAGUGCCUGGCGACGAUGAACGCCUUCGUCAACGAAUACGUCCAGAAGGCGCUACUCCUCUCGCCCGAGGAGCUGGCCUCGAGGAGCACGAAAUCCGACAUGUCGUACACGUUCCUCCACGAGCUCGCCUCGUACACGCGGGACCCCAAGGUCCUCCGCGACCAGCUCGUGGCGGUGCUCCUCGCCGGCCGCGACACGACGGCGGCCAGCCUGUCGUGGACCAUCUACGAGCUGGGCCGGCACCCGGAGGUCGUGGCCAAGCUGCGCGCCGAGGUCCUGUCCACGGUCGGCCCGCAGAGGACGCCCACCUACGCCGACCUCAAGGGCAUGAAGUACCUCCAGAACGUCAUGAACGAGAUCCUGCGCCUCUACCCGGUCGUGCCCUUCAACGUGCGCACCGCGCUCAGGGACACCCUGCUGCCCCGCGGCGGCGGGCCAGACGGCACGCAGCCGCUCGCCGUGCGAAAGGACACGCCCGUCGGGUACUCGACCCUGCUGAUGCAGCGCCGCGAGGACCUGUACCCGCCCGUGUCCAAGGACUUCAAGCCCGUGGAGGAGUUCUCUCCUGAGAGAUGGUAUACCUGGCAGCCCAAGCCGUGGCAGUACAUUCCCUUCAAUGGCGGCCCGCGGAUCUGUAUCGGGCAGCAGUUCGCGCUGACGGAGAUGGGCUAUGUGUUGACGAGGCUAUUCCAGCGGUUCGAGAGGGUCGAGAGCUACAUGGACCAGGUGGACGGAGGGCACCCAACGCUCAAGGCUGAGAUAGUGUUGCAGCCUGGCGACGGGGUCAAGGUCGCAUUCUUCUUUCCUGAGUCUUCGAAGGGCUGA